CUUGGAGUUACCGGCCAUGAAUGAAGUAGCUGAGAGAAACAAGAGUCAGGCACCUAUUCUCCAGAUGAUGAUGGCAGACCUUUAGAAGGCUCAGGCGAUGUUGCAAAAUAUCAAGUAAUAUUGUCAAGUAUUACUGUUUUAUCACAUUCUAUACUUUUAUCAAAUGAUAUUGUUUAUGAUUAAUUGAUUGAUUGAAUAUUGUUUAACGUCCCUUUCGAGAAUCUUGCACUUAUAUGGAGACGUCACCAUUGCCGGUGAAGGGCUGCUAAAUUUAGGCAUAUCUUCGGCACUUAGGGCCUUUGGCGUCUUCGUCGUGCCACAACUGCUCUGACACGGGACCUUGGUUUUUGCGGUCUCACGGCGGGUGUGACCGGUCAACAGGGGAUGCUUACUCCUCCUAGGCACCUGUUCCCACCUCUGGUGUGUCCAGGGGUCCGUGUUUGCCCAACUAUCUAUUUUGUAUUGCUUGUAGGAGUUAUGAGGUUGAUCACUGUUCGUUAUCUUCACCUUGCAUCCGAAGGAUCGCCCAAUUUAGUCGAUUCUUACGACAAGCAAGGGCUACUGAUGAAAGGUGAAGAUAACGAACUGUGAUCAAUCUCAUAACUCCUAAAAACAAUACAAAAUAAUAGAUAGUUGGGCAAACACGGGAUCCCUGAACACUAUUCUAACCCGGAUCCCUAUGGGAGAUAUUGUUCAUGGGGUAAAUAAUAGAUGAAAUUAUAUUGAGGGUGGAAAUAUUAUUUUGCAAGCUUGUUAGAUUAAACCGGAUUGCAGCACUUCUAGCUUUAUGACGUCAUCAAUAUACCAUUCGUCGUCAAAAUACCCUGACAAUGAACCAGUGCUAUCUUGCCUGUAGAGGAUAUUAUUUUCCAAAUCAUAAUGCUACCCCUCCAAACCGGAUCAUUUUUUCGUAAAACGUUCAUUUUUCCGUUUAUACUCUGUACGUCUUUAAACGGGUUUCUACAUUAAAAUCUGAGAUGUAUCGCUGAACUUAACUGUCCGCCAGUAUUGGCACGGCCAUACUCCAUACAAAAUAUGGGAAGUUUAUGAUAGAGAAAUUGAUAAUACAAUUCAUACAAAAUGCAACAUUUUUCUGUGUCUUAUGAAGUAUUGCAUUGUAUUUUGAAAAUCAGACGGUAAAAGCCUCAAAACAAUAUGGCGCACUCUUAGUUUCCUUAAAGGAGUUAUCCCAUGUUUCUAAAAUACACAAUAUGAUAUGUGAUUUGCCUUCCUUACGCAUACAAUAAUUCAUUCUAAGAGUUAGUUAGCAGAAAUGAAGCGAUAAAUGUAAGUUACCAUUGUAGAAACACCUUAUUGAUUAGUAAAAGAACUACAGUGAUAGUUCUCAAGAAGAAAUCAAACGAUAAUUAACUUAAAGCCUGAUUUGGAUCUAAAUUCCGAUUAUAUAAGUACCUUAAUAAUUCGUAAGGGAGUCAUGUGGUAUAGUGACGUCACAUGCUACUCUCUUCGUUCAGCUGAUUGUGGAAGUAGUGUUAGAUAUCUAGAACAACAUCAGCAUUUAUUCCCCACUAUUUACCACGUGUAGACGACAUUUAUUCCAAGGUUGUCGAAAUUCAAAAGGAUUUUAACAUGUUGCUGUACUCAUGCAGAAAAAACUUGACAGGUUAACUAACACUGAUUGACUUUGCACGGCUUUUCAAUGCUAAUUUAUGUGUUUACGCAAUAUAACUUAUAAAAGUGAAAAACACAAUAUCCUAAAUUAAAACAACAGGCCCAAGGGCCACAUCGCUCACCUGAGUCAACUUGGAUCAUAUUUAAAGAUUCUCCCUAUAUAUUUGUAUGAAAACUUGUGAUCCCAUCCUACACCUGGGGGCCAUGAUUUUAAGAAACUGAAAUCUGAAAUAUGAAAAAUAUGAAAAACUUUCAUAUAAAUAUCAGCUUUUCUGGCUCAGUGGUUCUUGAGAAGAAGAUUUUUAAAGAUUUAGCCUAUAUAUUAGUAUGUAAAACUUUGAUCCCCUAUUGUGGCCCCAUUUAACCCCUGGGACCAUGAUUUGAACAAACGUGAAUCUGCAUUAUGUCAGGAAGCUUUUAUGUAAAUCUCAGCUUUUCUGGCUCAGUGGUUCUUGAGAAAAAGUUUUUAAACAUUUAUCCGAUAUAUAAGUAUGUAAAAUGUUGAUCCCUUAUUGUGGCCCCAUCAAACCCCCGGGGACAUUGAUUUGAGCAAACUUGAAUCUUCACUAUGUCAGAAAGCUUUCAAGUAAAUUUCAGCUCUUCUGGCCUAGUGGUUCUUGAGAAGAUUUUUAAAUGACCCCACCCUAUUUUUGCAUUUUUGUAAUUAUCUCACUUUUGAAAGACAUGGCCCUUCAUUUGAACAAAAUUGAAAGCCCUUUACCAAAGGAUGCUUUGUGGCAAGUUUGGUUGAAAUUGGUCCAGCGGUUUUUGAGAAAAGGUCAAAAAUGUGAAAAGUUUACGACGCAGAUGACGACACCGAUGACGCCGACGACGAGAGACAACGGAUAAAUUUUGAUCAGAAAAGCUCAUGUGAGUUAAAAAAAAAUAAGUGAUCAAUACCUUAAUUCUCAUAAUGAUUACAAUGAUUGUGGUACCAGGUGCCUAGGAAAGGUAAUUAUCCCGUGUCGACCAUUCACACCCGUCGUGAGCCCCAUAUCUUGAUCAAGUAAACAGAGUGAUCCAUAGUCAAAAUCAGUGUGCCAAGAACGCCCUUUGGUCGUUUGUCAGUAGCUUGCCUCGAUUUAUAAACUGAUGAUACGCUGAACAAGCUCUUCAGUAUCGAAUCAGUUAAGAGACAUAAACACCAUAUAUAGAUGAUAAUGAAAUAUUGCUCCAUAAAUAUGGGAAGUUGGCGAUGGAGAACCUGAAAUCAUACGGUUUGUCAUAAAGGUGAGUUAAUAGUUUGCCGUUGACAUAGAAAUUCGAUACAACGUCUAAAUGUGAAGCAGAUGUGGAAGAUGCUGUGAUUUUACUGGAAUAUAUCAAGUCGACGUAGGAACGAGAAUCCCAUUAUGCCCUUUACGUCUUUAAGGUAACUCCAUACUCGCAGUUUUAUCUUAUACAGGUUUAAAAAGUGUAUUUAUUUCCAUUCACUGGAGUUAAAACUAACAAAUUAUCAAAUAAGAUAUAUAGGUCAUCACACUUUUUAAGAUGCGAGACGUACAUAAACAGAAUCAUAUGUCAACGUCAGAAAAUUGCAAUUUUCCUUCAACAGCAUUAUCAAAAUUUAAUACAAACUGGUUAUGACGAUAUAAUAGCAUUCAUAACAAUUUCAUGAAAAUGUUUCUUCAGAAAAAUAUACAAAAUGUCUGUAAAAGAUAAAGGAAAUCUAUCGCAUAAUAGACUUGAUAAAGAAAUCAAUAAAAACAGAGUUAUUGCCCUUGGAUUCAAUAUUCUGAAACGUAUCGUUGAUUAUUCAUUUAUGAUUUAAACUUUUUGAAUAGUUUAUUUUUAACAAGAUUUUUUAUAAUCACUAUCUGAAAAGACUCCAACAAAAUUUAUGUUCCUAUUAUGCAUAAAUCCAAAUAAAUAAUUGAUUUUGCAAAAUCUGAUGACAUCACAGUAGGGUGGUAUUACUUUAAUAUGAAAAAGUCCUCAAUUUUACCCAACUGCAUAUUUAAAAUAUUUGUAAGGAUGUCAACAGAAGAUCCUUAUUCCCCUUAGGCAUCUGAUCCUACCUCUGCUAUGUCCAAGAGUCUGCAUUUACCUUUCUCUUAACUUUGUAUUAUUUAUAGCAUUUUUGAGAUUGGUCGUUAUCUUCCCUAAUUCACUUUACAGAAGUCAUGCAACGUUUCUUAUCACGCCUUGCCCACAAGAUCAACGUUCAGUGGUAUAUGUUUAUAUAUUGGAAAUAUAACUCAGUAAGGCCUGAUUUUUAGCACUAUUACACAUACCAAUAACUAUGAUACUUUUCAUUAUUUUUAUUUUGUUUCUUUCAUCUGUCGCCGGAGUGGAAAGUGAAGGAGAAAAAGUUGAACUGUCUAUGUUACUAAGAAGAAUUAGUGAUUUAGAAGAGAGGCUUCACAAACAGGAAAGAGUAAAUGAAGAACAAAAUACCAUCAUUAAGACUUUGCUCCUGGAGAAGACAGAGACAGACACAGCCCAAGAGACUGAGAUUGUCACGUCGAUUCAAACGGAGCAAAAUGAGGGCAGUCAGUGGGACAAUGGUGAUCUAGAAAACAACCCAAUUUCAGGGGAAGGUGCGCGAGGGGUAAAUGUCGGAAUUAAAUCGCAAACUGUAGCUACUAUUCAAAGUUUAGUCAAAGAUUUAAAGGAAACUUCAAGGAAAAUCCAGAGAGGUGUUGUUGCAGGAGAUGUAGCAUUUUACUCUUACUUGUCACACCAUGAAACAAAUCCUGGUCACCAUCAAACAAUAAUAUUUGACCAUGUUGUUAUAAACGUUGGCGGAAACUACAAUCACCACUCCGGUAUUUUCAACUCACCAGGAAAUGGAGUGUACACUUUUUCGUGGACAUUAUACUGUACUGAUGGAGGGUAUUUCACCACAGAACUGGUCGUUAAUUCUAAUCCUGUGGGAGGCGCGUACUGUGAUGCACAGGGUGCUAAUUACAUAAGACAUACAUUGGGUGUAGUCGUUGUCGAGAUCAACCCGGGAGAUAUAGUAUACGUUCGUACUUCCCCAACAGACAAUAUGGCGGGAUAUAUUUUUUCGAAUCUUAGCGCCCGUACUACAUUCAGUGGAUGGAAACUGUUUUAAAAUAGACGAGUAAAUAUUCAUAGUCCUUACAAUACAUAUGGGAUUUGAUUUAUUUGUUCGCCUGUAACAUUGGUAUAUGGUUACGUUAGAACAUAUAUUAAAUUCUAAAAUUAC